AUGGAUCAACAAGCGCAUUUGGUGAACGACUCGAUAGGAAUACGAGCCUUAGCCAUCGUGGGCUCUAUCUUCGCAGUUAGCGUUAUCCUCUACAUUCUGAGGAUUUACGUCCGAGUGAUUCCGAGAUAUCAGCUCGAUGGUUCUGACUAUUGCGCCUCAUUCGCACUCCUCGCAGAGGCCAUCACAUUUUCCUUUUUCGCUGCGGCCGUUGCGUUUGGAUUGGGUCGUCACAGCGUCUUUGUAUCCCCGGAGGACGGCGCUUGGAUACUGCGCUGUCUCUUCGCAAUCGCAGUCACGGGAUUAUGGGCGUCUGCUCUGGCAAGAAUCUCCGUCAUUUACCUCCUUUUGACACUCUCCACAUGCCGUGGUGGUGCUAGAUUCAUCCUCUGGAGCAUGUUCGUUCUUCAAGUCGGAGCACUGGUCGUCAUGGAAACCUUGACACUGCUCCAAUGCCGCCCCAUUCAUGCAAUAUGGGACCAUGUCCCCGAUGCACACUGCCUGAGCAUCAAAACCAUGCAGGCUGGUGGUUAUCUUUACACUGGAGUCGGCAUCCUUGGCGAUUUGGUGUUUGCCAUAAUGCCCAUCGCUUUGAUCUGGAACCUCAACCGGUCUAAACUAGAGCGGUGUCUUGUCUCGUUUUUGCUGGCAUCGGGUCUUUUCGCCACUGCAGCUGCAGUAACCAGGCUUUUUUACAUCAAAACAUUCGAUUUUACCUCUUCCGACAUCUUCCGCGACAUCAUGCCCACAUUCUUUUGGUGCCGUAUUGAGGAAAUUGCCUUGAUAGCGGCAUCCUCCCUGCCGUUUCUCAAAGCUCCAACUGAGAAUCAAUUGCGCAAGUUGGGUUUUGCAGGUUUUCGAAACAUCCAGAUGUCACUUCAGUCAUAUCACUCCCAGUCACCAUCCAGCAGCAGCCGCAGGUGCGAGUUCAUUUUGCGAGAAGAAAGGGUAUGCGAGUCGAGUAAAAGUGAUCGGGAUGUGGAAGCCGGUGGAAGUGCGUCUAGUAGUACGGCGGGAAGUCAUUGA